AUGGAAUUGAACUUGGAAAUCAUUUCCACAAAGCUCAUAAAACCAUCCUCACCAACACCACAACACCUUAAGAAUUACAAGUUAUCGUUUUUCGAUCAACUUGCUGAAAGGGAACAUAUACCGCUACUACUUUUCUAUCCAUGUGGCAACGAGUCCAUCAUCGAUGAAAAACUCGAACAAUCCCUGUCCAGGGUUUUAACUCAUGUUUACCCUGUAGCUGGAAGGUUAUCAAAAGAUCGAUGCUCAGUCGAUUGCCUUGACCAAGGCGUUACGUUCAUAAAAGCUAAGGUCAAUUGUCAAUUCGACGAUUUCAUGGAUGAAGUACAAAAGGACCUUAAUCUCGCCUUGCUUUUCUUCCCACAGGAAAUCCAGGAUUUGAAUGACGCGAAUUUUGAUGCCACUCCACCUGUGGUUGCACAAUUAACAACGUUCAAAUGUGGUGGUGUAGCACUAUCUAUUAGUGCAUCGCACGCCCUGAUGGAUGGAUUCACAAAUUUUAAAUUUGUAUAUGAGUGGGCUAAAGUGUGUAAAUCGGAGAUUCCAGCUAAGGAAAUUAAUUUCAUGAGUUUUGAUUUCGGUGAGAUUCUUCCAGCAAGAGAUUUAUCGAGUAUUUUCCCACCUCGUGUUUAUCCAGAAGAGUUAGAUGCAAAAUAUGUUGCCAAAAGGUUUUUUAUUGAUGAAGUUACUAUGUCACUGCUCAGAGACAAAUUAUCAGGGGCAAUAGAUUCAGGGGAAUUGUGCUUUAAGCCCUCAAGAGUUGAAAUUAUCACGGCACUUUUAUGGAGGGCUCUAAUCCGUGUUUCAGAAGCAAAACACGGAUAUUUGAGGCCUUCCUUAGUGUUUUUCCCAGUGAAUUUGCGUGGCAAAAUUUCGUUACCUCUAAAAGAUAAUGCAUUUGGGAAUUAUGUAAUUGAUGCGCCGAUGCUAUUUGUCCCCGGGGAGACCAAGAUGGAGCUGCACAAUUUCGUAACGCUGAUUAGGAAUUCGGUGCAAAAAGCGACUGCUGCUUGUGCUAUAGGUACAGCUGAUGACAUAGUCGCGACCGUGGCCAAUUCAUAUAAAGAAAUAUUCAUGUCAAAACAAUGGGGUACUGACAAUGAUGAAGUUGACAAGUGUGUAAUUUCGAGUUUGUGCAAAUUUCCAAUGAAGGAAACUGAUUUUGGUUGGGGAAAGCCGAGUUUGAUGCAUUUUGGAUUGAGAGAUUUUGAUAGUUGUUGGAUGUAUGAUGCAGAAUGUGGAAGUAUUUGUGUUCAAGUGGAUUUGAAGGAUACUUAUAUGCGAUUAUUUGAAUGUGACAAUGAUAUUAAGGCUUUCACUAAGUUUUAUUAGUCAUUCUUAUUUAGUAAUUCUAAGAGUUUUCUUUAGUUCUCAAUGUUGCAUUUUUGGUUCCAUGAUAUCAAGGUUUUACUAAGAUUUAGUUGCUCUAGGAGUUUUUUUUUUCUUUCCAGUUUCUAUGUUGUUUUUUUGGUCAAGUUUUCCAGUUUGAAACAAAGUAUUGUAUU